CCAGAUGCCCAACGCGCGCAUCGAACACAUCUCCUCUGAGCCGCACGAGGGAGACGCCACUUGUGUGGCAUACUUUGGCAAUCAGCUGUUCUCUGGCGGAGCCGAUGGCAAAAUACGCAUUUGGUCGGCUUCCUUACAGCUGCUAUCCACUGUGAAUGCCCACGAUGCGUAUAUCUAUUGCAUGGCCGUCAAUGAGCUGGGCAAGCUUUACUCAAGCAGCUGUGAUGGGCAGGUAAAGUACAUGCUGCCGCCGUAUGAGGACGCCAGUGUGCAGGAACUCUUUCGUUGCGAUGAUGCUAUUCAAGCGAUGUAUUGCGAUGGCGCUGUGCUUUAUACAGGCGAUGACAAGGGCGUGGUGACCACUUGGAGCAACGAUCGCAUGCUCUUCAAAUACAAUCUGGUGGAAGAAGUGAAAUCGCUGGCCGGCGAAAAGCAGUUGAUAUACACAGUGCGUGAUCUUGAUGUGGUCAUAUCACUGAUUGUCGAAGGGAAAUCGGGCAAGUACAGCAAUAAAGCCGUGUUGCCAGGCAAAUCACCUCUAACGCUGCUCGGACCACUAGUGGAUGGCAAGCGUAGUUAUUUAGCAUUUCCCGAUCGCUCGGGAAUGGGACUUCAGCUAGUGCACAACUUGCCACAGCAUAAGUUUGCACACAUCUGGCAAAUGCCGCAAUGUCAUGAUUGGAUCAUGAACAGCAUUUGCGGCGAUGAGGAGCAUCUUUACUCGGGUGGCUACGAUAAUUUGGUCAAAGGAUGGACUGAUUUAACGGCGCCACAACCUCGUAGUCUCGGCGAAGUUGAAAUUGGGAGCUGCGUCAAUUAUAUUUGCUGUGGUGCCAACAACACUGUGUAUAUUGCAAGCAGCGAUGGUUUCAUACGCUGCGCCAAGUUUGUAUAGUUUAAGAAACAAAAAAUAUAAAAAAAAAUUCGUUCUCAAUUUAUCUGUUAC